AAGGAAAUGCCAACUCUAGCUUAACGUUUAAAAAGUCUAUGGUAAUUUUUAAACUAAGAAGUUGUAAACAAACAAGAAUAGAACAAUGAAUAGAAAAUAAAGAUAAAAAAGAAGAUAUAGUAGAAAUAUAAAUUUAUUUCUGUGUAAAGAGUGUAUUUAUUUAUUCUUUCAGAAAUUAUAAAAAUAGAAAUUUAAAGUGUUUUUUAAAUAAAAAAAAAAAUGGAUCAAAUGUUACCUAGUCCUGGAUUUAGUAUUCCAAGUAUAGGUACACCUUUACAUCAACCAGAAGAGGAUCAACAAAUCUUACCUAAUGCGUUACAACAGCAGCAACAACAGCAACAGCAACAGCAACAACAACAAUCACAGCAGCAGCAACAAUCACAACAACAAUAUCAAUUACAACAACUACAUACCAUGAGUCCAAACAUACAAAGUGGUAUGCUAAUGAUCGGAACACCACAAAAAAAUAUGCAUGCCUAUGCAACAACACCUACUUUUGCAACACCACAGAGUCUUAUGCAACCUCAAACACCGCAAAAUAUGAUGUCUCCGUUAGUACAAAAUACUAAUCAUAUAGCUCCUCCAUCUAUAGGACCAUCUACACCUGGUCCUAUGACACCUAUGACACCGGCUUCUGCAGAUCCAGGAAUAUUACCUCAACUUCAGAAUAUUGUUUCUACAGUUAAUUUAAAUUGCAAAUUAGAUUUAAAAAAAAUAGCUCUUCAUGCUAGAAAUGCGGAAUAUAAUCCAAAGAGAUUUGCUGCAGUUAUUAUGAGGAUAAGAGAACCAAGAACUACUGCAUUGAUAUUUAGUAGUGGAAAAAUGGUUUGUACUGGAGCAAAGAGUGAAGAAGAUUCUCGAUUGGCAGCAAGAAAGUAUGCUAGAAUUAUUCAGAAACUUGGUUUUCCUGCAAAAUUUCUUGAUUUCAAAAUACAAAAUAUGGUAGGCAGCUGUGAUGUGAAAUUUCCAAUUAGAUUAGAAGGUUUAGUACUUACACAUGGACAAUUCUCCUCAUAUGAACCUGAACUUUUUCCUGGAUUAAUAUAUCGUAUGGUUAAACCUAGAAUCGUUUUACUUAUAUUUGUUUCAGGAAAAGUAGUGUUAACAGGAGCAAAAGUUAGACAAGAGAUUUAUGAGGCAUUUGAUAAUAUCUACCCUAUUUUGAAGAGCUUUAAAAAGCAGUGAUUUUAUUUUUUAUUAAAUGUUAAAGUUAUGUAUUAAAUGGACAAAACUAAGGUAAGAUAUUUUGAUAUUAUUGCCUUAUAGUCAAUAAAUAAAUAAAAUAAA